UCCCGAAGUCUCUCGACUGGCGGAGGCACAGUGGUAGUGAGAGGAACGUCCGAGAAACAUCACCGGUAAGAGGCAUGAUUAUGAACUCGGAUUGUCAUGAAAAGCCUGGCUGAAAAAGUAUUCGCACUGGUAGAGGAUAUCUCAUACGAUGGGCAAGAAAGGUAAACGAGGUAAUCGCGACGAAGGGGUUCCGGAAGGGGCCAACGAAAGUGACAAUGGCUGUCAGGCGCAAGAGAGCAAUGAUAUAGGAGAAGUCAACGGAAGAGAGAAUGCCAGCAGGUCGCAAUAUCAUGAUUCUGGGCAAGUUUCCACCGCGGAUGAGCCAGAAUUCACGCUUCAGCCAUACACCAAAACUGUCUUCGAGACAACUCAAUCCAUCGCAGUAGUGCAGAAAAAUCUGGAGAGACUCAAUGAACUCUACAUCAAGCAUGCCGACCGCAUCCAACAGAUCCCAAAAGUCCACCGGGAACGGGACACUCUCCGAACCGAGUGCGAGUACAAAAAUGAGAAGAUCCGUCGACAGAAAAGAGAGAUCGCUGAAUUGAAAUCCGAGAGUAGAGAGGAAGAACAGAGACUUGGUAAGAUUCGAGAGGAGCUUCAACAAGAUAGGGAUAAGUUGAAGGCAGAGAAGGAAAAGCAAGUUGCGAAGGCCGAAAAAGCUGACAAGAGCCUUGUAGCUCUGAAGGCUACUUUGGAUCUGGAGAUGGAAAAGGAGUUGGCAAGCCGUACGCAGCAGUUGGAAGCAAAGAUGACCUCACGAGAGGACGAGAGGAAGAAAAAACUAUCCAAUCUGGAGGCAGAGAAGAAAAAGCAGUCCGACAACCUUGCGCAAGAACAAAAGAAAUUGAGGACAGUACAAGCAGAUCUUGACGACAAUAGGGCGGCCAAGAUUUUAUACAAGCAGCAAAAGGAGGAGCUGGAAGCGACGUUGAAGGAAAUUCAGAACGAGUUUGAUUUGACUAGACAAGAUGCAGAUUUCUACAAAAGAAAGUUUGCAGAUAUAGCUAGCAACAUCGAGACGAUAUCUUCUGAAUACUUCAGACUUUUGCCUCAUGAUAUUCAUAAAGAUCUCAAAUCCAUCGAUGAUUGCUUUAGAUCAGUCCCAAUCUUUGAAGAAGACACUUCCGCAGAAUUACGGAUUGCCCAUGUCCAGCGGAUCAUGUCUCGAGCCCUAUAUGAUAACAUCUGGCAACCAUUCUCUUCCGACGAAACUUCUCCAGAUACGAAUUUAGCCAACUGGCUCAAUACAAUCUAUACGAGACUUGCUAAAAACGAACUUGGCGGGAAGAAUGGACGUGCAGCAAUGGUUUGGAAAGUCCUGACCAUGCGCAGCCUGCAGUCUGCGGAUCAAGAGUUGCCCCUCAGCCCAACAUCACCAGCAACAUCGCACCAAGUCUCUCAGUUCUCAUCUCGAGCCAGCCAAGCUGUCCAGGAAAUUAUCGGGAAACUGACGCCAUUGGUGGAUCCAGCACAAAAAGUCGAAAUACAAGAGAAAUUGCUUCGGCUUGCCCAAUCUGCUGUCGAAGUGUGGAAUGUUGCACAGAAAGACAAAUUGAAGGUUGAGGCUUACAUUGCACUCAACAUUGCUGAUCGGGAUACAUGGCGUUCUGCCCAGUUCGAUCCUCUUCCAUCCUCGGAAGAGGCCUCCACUGACAUGGUCAUCAAGUCGUCUACACGUCCCCGCGUCUUCACUCUCUUUCCUCGGAUCAUUGUUCAAACCCCAUCUGUUGCAGCUGAGUCUGUCCCUCAUAUCCCUGGCAGUUUUUCAACAUCUCAACAGGACUAUAUUGUGACAGAGACUAUCAUACACCCUGGAAUUGGACUCCCUGAAUCGUCUGCUUUGGUGAUUCGAGGCAAAUAUGAGGAGGAACAAGAGGAAGCUCGCCAGCGAGAAAUAAUGGAGAAUGCGAAGGAGAAGCUAAAGAGAAGACACAGAACUAGCAGCAGAAGCGGUUCUGUAUCUGGUCCCGUUUCUCCAUCUGCAUCUGUGUCUGGGCCACUCAGCCCGAGUGCACGAUGGUCAAAGGGGUCGUUGAUGGCGACGCAAAUUGAAGACUAGGAGCUGGUAGGAAAAAUUACUUUGGAUUAAAGUCAGCGUUAAAACUUAAAUAUACCUACACACUUGAUGAUACAUUUCUCGAUCGGUAAAGAGUGCGAGGUGCGAUUUAUCAUGAUCAGCCGCCAGCAUCCACGCUUGCUACCCCUCUUCAACAGACGCGUACUGAGGCCUAGCAAGUUAGGGAGACAACUCCACUCAAUCUCAUUAACAAGCCCCUUGAAUUCAUGAUUCCACCAAAAAGUCUUUCAAAUGUUUCAUAAA